AUGAGUGGACAAGCCUGCAUCAGUGCAGCGGAGGCCCAAGACACCAUUGCCCACUACUGCAGUUCCAACUGUCACUCCAGGGAACCCAACCACGAAUCCUACAAAAUUGACACCUACCAGCACUCCAAGGUGCCUCCAACUGUACAAUUCUUCACUCCACCAAGACAGCCAUAUCCACCUUCUAAAACUGAUGCCCCGAGUUUCUUCCCAACCGACAUAUUUGAAAAACCUGCUUCCUUUAACAGACCCACGACAUCCACAGUCCCGACUGAAACACCCAAGGGAAAGCCGUCUUCCAACUACCGGUAUAAGAACCCAGCAGCAGUGCAUAGACCUGAUGGUCCCUUGACAGAUGCUCCAAGCUACUUCCCUUCUGACCUUUUUGAAAAGCCUGCUUCAUUUUACAGACCCACUACAUUAAGUGUCCCAACAGAGAGUCCCAAAAGGAAGCCUCCCACUAAGCUUGGACAGCCAGCUGCACAUCAAAGGCCAUCUUCAACCGAAACUCCAAGCUACUUUCCUACUGAUAUCUUUGAGAAGCCUGCAUCUUUUGAGAGGCCAGCAGCCUUGCCAGCGCCAACUGAAACACCCAAGGGCAAGCCUUCCUCCAAGUACAGGUAUGAAAACCCAGCUGCAGUGCAAAGGCCUUCUUCAACUGAAGCACCGAGCUACUUUCCUACUGAUAUCUUUGAGAAGCCGGCUUCAUUUGAUAGACCCUCAACUACACCUGGACCCACUGAGAGCCCCAAAAGAAAGCCUCCAACCGAGUAUGGACAGCCAGCAGCUGUUCAAAGGCCUUCUUCUACUGCAGCUCCAAGCUACUUCCCUUCUGAUAUCUUUGAGAAGCCUGCUUCCUUCAAUAGGCCCACAACAUCCACAGUCCCAACUGAAACACCCGAUGGAAAGCCGUCUUCCGGCUACCGGUAUAAGAACCCAGCUGCAGUGAAUAGACCAUCAGAUGGACCAUUGACAGAAGCUCCAAGCUACUUUCCUUCUGACUACUUUGAAAAGCCUGCUUCAUUUGAUAGACCCUCAACGACACCAGGACCUACUGAGAGCCCCAAAAGAAAGCCUCCAACCAAGUAUGGACAACCAGCUGCAGUUCAUAGGCCAUCAAAUGGACCCUUGACUGAAUCCCCAAGCCACGUUCCUUCUGACUACUUUGAGAAGCCUGCUGCUGUUGGCAGACCUUCUGCUACUGGCACCCCAACAGUUGGUGUCAACAGCCAGGUCCCUUCUGACUACUUUGAGAAACCUGCUGCUGUUGGCAGACCUUCUGCUUCUCCACGCCCGACUGAGGGUCCAAAAAGAAAGCCACCCUCAAAGUUUGAGCAACCUGCUGCUGUUGAAAGGCCCACAUCAUCUCCUACUAUCAUUGCUCCCUCUUCUCAACCAUCACAGCCGACAAGUCCAGAACCAACUGAAGUGCUCAGCAGUGUACCAACCGGCGUGCCAACAACACCACCUUCUCCAGGACCAAGUGGGAUACCUACUAGUCAACCAACAGAGUUGCCAACCCUGAACCCAACUAGUGCACCAACCCUGGCCCCUUCUCAGAAUCCAACAGACAGUCCAACAAGUGCUCCAACAGCGACCCCUACAACUGAGGGGCCCACAGAGACCCCUACCUUUAAGCCAACUGAGGGACCCACAACAUUGCCAACACAGAAACCAACAGGAAGUCCCACAACUACUCCAACAGGCAAACCUUCGGAAAAGCCCACUGAUCGCCCUACAGAGACCCCUACAUUGAAACCAACGGAUGGACCCACAACAACCCCAUCACACAAACCAACCGGCAGGCCCACUAUUGAAGUUACUGAUGAACCUACCGAGAAGCCAAGUAGUGGCCCUACAGGCACGCCAACAUUGAAACCGACCAAUGCACCCACUGCAACUCCAUCCCAGAAACCGACGGACAUACCCACCAUUGAACCCACUAACAAACCCACAACAACACCGUCACAGAAGCCAACAGAUGUACCUACAGUGGAACCAACCGCCAAUCCCACAGACAUUCCUACCAUCCAGCCUACAAGUGGGCCAACAGGUUUUCCCAGUCAUGGGCCAACUGUGGCAUCCAUGGAGCCCUCAAUUGCAGAAUCAAGCAUACCAACACCAACACAGAAGUUCUUUGCCCCUCCCAAAGAACCCACUCCUGAGGUGCCAACAGCUACAUCAACUCCAUCCAAUGUGGCACUGGUGCCAUCCCAUGCCUUCAGAGGUCCUCCCAAGAUGCCUUCAACAACAGAGGCACCAACUAGCUUUGCCCCAACCAAAGCCCCAAUAUGCCCUCCGACUCCUAUUGAGAAAAGUGAGAAACCAGCAGCUGAACAGCCCGGUUAUCCAACCUUUGUUCCAACACUUAGCCCAACAUGCCCAACUGAAGAACCAGAAGAUACUGCAAGCCCAACCGCGGUCACAGUAUCCAGGGGAUCAAAGGUGCAGCUUGAAGAUGAAAAGCCAGCACAUACACCAUCAGCAGCAGCUUCAGAAUCAGGACAGCCCAUGGAAGAGUUCCCUACUAUCAAGGUUGAGUAUCACAGGACUGAAUCCAAACACAAUUCAGAGUCUUCAGAAGCUAAGCAACAAGGCGCAACAGCUUCCUCUGAAACAAAGCACCCAGAAUCGCCCUCAGCCUCAAAUUCAAAAGAUCAGGGAAAGGGAACCGAACCGGCCUCUGAAACAAAGCACCCAGAAUCUCCCUCAGCCUCAAAUUCAAAAGAUCGGGGAAAGGGAACUGAACUAGUUGCACCAUCUGCAGAAGCAGCAAGACAACCAGGGCCUACCACAGUCAGAGUUUCCAAACCCACAGAAGCAAAAGGCACUGAGCCUCCAACUUGCCCUGACAUGCCCUACUUGGGCCAAAUGAUUUCUAAUUGUCCAUCUCCGUCUCCAGAAGCAGGUGCUGAGGAUACUCACAGGUCACAGCACGUUAAAGUUCAUAGGCAAGAAGAUGAAGAUCAGGACACCUACAAGGACAAUGAAAGGAAAGUGAAUAUUGUCGGAGGUGGUGCAUCAGGUUUUCGAGAAACACAGUCAGACGAUGAAGACACGGAAGCCAUUGCAGCCAAUGAAAUGGCAGACAAGCAUCAGUCAAGACAACUUGAAAGAGAAUCAAGUUUGCAGCAGACGCUGCAUGACGAUUGCAUUGCUUCCAUGAUUGUCUAUGAGGAGGAUUUUGAGAUGGAUGGAAUUGAGUCUGCCUGGACCGACAGCAGAGUAGCCUCGAGUUUGAACUUCUCUCGCUUUGUAACUCCAUUGGGCGGAGACCUGAAUACGAGCAUCUCACAAACAUUUUUCAUCUCUAAAGCCCCAGAUGGAACCCCUGCUUGGAGUGUUACUGUUGAAUUUGUGCUCUACACUGUUGAUAUGCAGCAAGCCAAUGGCAACUUGGAUGUUGCUGUGGGUGGGACCACAAUAACUCUUAGUGACUUUGGCUUGCCCAGCACAAACAGCAACAGUUAUCGAGAGGGGGCAACCGAUGGCAUCUCGUGGUGGCAGAGCAUACUUCGACAGGGUGACAACCUUGGGUUUGGUGUUGCAAUGGAUGCCAAACACCUGGUAGAGCUCACGGUGCAUAAGGAGCAUAUCCCUGAAGGCAGGCUUGUUCUGCGCUUCUCGCAAGGAAGCUCCAUGGCAUUUGCAGGAUUUGAUGACAUCGUUAUUGAGGCAAACUAUGAUUGCACCAGCACCCAGCCAAAUGUAUCCGUUGCACAGCCCCCUCAAAAAGACGGGGAUGCUCCCAUGCGGCAACCAACCUUGCCUGCAGAUGAAACUUCACUUGGUUUCCCAUACUGCUCCUCUGAAGACUUUCCUUGCAGUGCUGAUUCUGGUAUGGUGUUUGUCUGUCACUUUUCUUCCCGUCGGGGUUUUGAUACUCUUUGUAUCCACGAGCAAGACUCUGUAAUUCUCCAAUACUAUGUCCAAGACUAUUGUGGCCCUUGUCUGUCGCCAUUGGACAGCAUGAUCCAUCGACGUAAGCCCUGA